GCAGCGAGAAAUUCCGGCACAAUUAUUUCCCGCAAGUACACAAUUUUAUCAUGUCCGAUGAAGUGGAUCCUGUGGAGCAAAUGCUGAAGCGUACCGGUUGUCUGAAUCUUCACCACAAAGUGCAGGAGUGCAUUGCCGAAACUGGCGACUGGCGGCUCUGUCAGGACGUAGUUAAAGAUUUCAAACUGUGCAUGCAAGAUUACACAGAAAAGCAGCGGGUUAAGUAUAGCGAGAAAUGAACACCCUCCGCACACUGUUUGCCCC